CUGUUGUGCACUUUUACUUUACAGAUGCUUACCUAGUGGGUGGAUCAAGACUGUCUGCAGGGAUGCUUUGGAAUGGCUAUUGCAGAUUCCUGGUCAUUUGUACACUGAUCUUCCCAAGGACUCUGAGUUUCUUGCCAAAACAACAGAGGGUAUUACUGGUAUCGUUUGAUGGCUUCAGAUGGGAUUAUAUCUAUAGAUUCCCAACUCCCCAUUUCCACGAGCUCAUGGAAUAUGGUGUUCACGUCAAACAGAUCACAAAUGUGUUCAUCACCAAGACGUACCCCAACCACUACACGAUGGUAACGGGUCUCUUUGCCGAGAACCACGGCAUCGUGGCCAACGAGAUGUACGAUCCAGUUUUGAACGAGACUUUCUCCAUGAACCACGUGACCAUGUACAAUUCAAAGUUUUGGGAAGACGCUUAUCCAGUGUGGAUCACGAACCAGCUUCAGGGACAUCGAAGCGGAGCUGCGAUGUGGCCGGGAACGGAUGUCAAGAUCCACGGGGCCUUUCCCACACGCUACCUGCUUUACAACGAAUCGGUUUCAUUUCAAGAGCGCAUCGCCAAGCUUAUCGAGUGGUUUACAUCCGAAGAUCCCAUCAAUCUCGGACUGCUGUACUGGGAGCAGCCGGAUGAGAAGGGACACGUUUUGGGCCCCGAUAAUCCUCGCAUGGAGUCGGUCAUUAGGGACGUCGACGAUCUGCUGAGCUAUCUUGUGCAGGAGCUGAAGGGAGCAAAAUUGUGGGACGCUUUGAACGUCAUCGUCACGAGCGACCACGGAAUGGCACAGCUGUCAAGGGACAGGAUCAUAGAGCUUGACCAGUACGUGGACAGAGACUGGUAUACAAUGAUUGACCAUUCGCCUGCUGUAGCGAUUUUACCAGUAGAAGGCAAACUUGAUGACGUAUACAAUGCUUUGGUCAAAGCUCACCCCAACAUGACUGUCUAUAAAAAGGAGGACAUCCCAAGCAGGCUGCAUUACACCCACAACAGUCGGAUUCAGCCAAUCUUGGCAGUGGCUGACGAAGGAUGGGAAAUCUUGCAGAACAAAUCUGACCAAUUCGAAUUGGGCAACCAUGGAUAUGACAACACCCUACCAGACAUGCACCCUAUCUUCUUGGCCCAUGGACCUGCCUUUAGAAAGAACAUCAGCAAGCCAGCUAUGAACUCCACAGACUUAUAUCCCCUGCUGUGCUAUCUGUUGGGUCUUGAGCCACUGCCCAACAACGGCUCUCUUGAGAAUGUGAAAGAUCUCCUUGUUAGCGCAGCCCCUAAAGAGCCUCAGGAUACAAGUCAGCAAGCAUCUUAUGCCUUUUUCUUCGGUGUUUUUCUUGGCAGCAUACUUGUCAUAGGUUUUCUUGUAGUGUUCAUAAAACACUUAACCCUCAGCCAGGUCUCAUCCCUGCGGGGACAAAACACAGAAAUAGCUCAGCCGUUACUACAAAGUUAACCUGGUUUUGAAACAAAGCUAACCUGGUUUUGAAACAAAGAUUGCUUUUGGAGAUCCUUUUAAAUCUUAGUUAAGAGCUUUUCCCAGAUGUAGCGUAAGUGGACAGCCGUAAGAAUCUGUAGAUCACCCGAUCUGGUGGUACCAACAGUAAAUGUAUGAAUUGAUUGCUCUUUAACAAAGAUUCUUUUGAAGGGUUUCCUUUUAAAGAGAACCGUGACAGCCUUUAAUUAGUGAUCUCACACACUCGCUGCCAUUCUGAACUACUGGAACUCUUGAGAAUGAAAUUGUUGUCUUAAAAUGCACUUUAUGGAAUUCAUCUAAGCCUCACUCCUCGUUUCAAAUCAUUGUCUUUGACAAAAUCACCACUAAUGUUGUUUUGCAGAUUAAAAAAAAAUGAAGUGUG